CAAACGCCGUUGGGACUACCUGGUUGCAUCAACUGCUGUCUUCUGUUGUCAAACUCGCCUCAUAGCAAACAGGACCCAUUUAAUCAGUCGACAUUAAAAGACAUACAGUAGGCACAAUGGGGCGGAUCUUCUUGGACCACAUUGGUGGGACUCGCCUCUUCUCCUGCGCCAACUGUGACACUAUUCUGACCAACCGAGCUGAGCUCAUCUCCACACGCUUCACUGGAGCCACCGGCCGUGCUUUCCUGUUCAACAAGGUUGUGAACCUGCAGCACAGCGAGGUGCAAGACAGAGUCAUGCUGACGGGAAGACACAUGGUGCGGGACGUCAGCUGCAAGAACUGCAACAGCAAGCUGGGCUGGAUGUACGAGUUCGCCACCGAGGAAAGCCAGCGCUACAAGGAGGGCCGCGUCAUCCUGGAGAGGGCGCUGGUGAGGGAGAGCGAGGGCUUCGAGCACGUCCCCUCUGACAACUCCUGAGUUCACAUGUGUUGCCGCUUCAGUGCUCAACCCGUGCACACUACAGCUUUUCCUCCAGCAGCGGUGCACGGACUUGCAUGGACAGUGUGCCAUUCGUGAGUAGAGCUACACCAAAAUAUCACAAGCUGGGUCGUUGUGGGAAGUUUAAACGUGAAGUGGUGGACAUUUUCCCAUAAAUUUAAACAUCUAAGAAUUUCUUCUAUGAUGGGUAAUAAUACCAUUGCUUCUCUGCCCAUUUAAAACCGCCUGCAGCUUCAAUAUGUGCCCGACAAGCUGUGAUGUUCGUAGAAUGUGUUGGUGUGGUGGGCUUUUUGGCUGCUGUCAGAGCGAGGGGAUUCGCUCCUGCUGCUCUACAAGAAGCUCAGACAGAUCCACAGACUGUUAUGUAGAGGUUUGAACAGCCAAUUAUCAGCAUUGGUGAAUUCUGACUCUUAGCACAAGAUUUAGUCUCUAAGCAGUGUGUUGCAAUACAUUCCUUUCCUGACCAGUGAUCAGUGUGACGCAGCACCAGAAACAAGUUACUUUCCUUUAAUAUUAAUGUUUAUCAUCUUGAUCAUAUCCCCACUUUUAUUUUAUGUUAACAGAAAUGUUGAUAAAUUUCAUCAGGUUUAGGUUUAUAAGUUUAUCCUCUCGAUGCCAACCUCCCAGUCACCGGGUUUACUGACCAUAAAUCCCUGUGCUGUUCAUUUUUAUGCAGUUAAUUAACAGUUUCACCAUAAAUUACUUAA